CGCAACACUGCUCAACACACAGGUGUGCCGCUGUGAUGAUGGAGUUUUAGCAGUGAUGAUGUCAGCAGAGGAGGUGACCGAUAUUCCAGCAUCCUCCUCGGAUUUUAAAGUGACCCGCGAGGAGAUCCUUUCAGCUCAGUUUGAGUGUUUCCUCAAAAUCAUGCACGACCCCCCGCGCACUGAUCCGGGCCCGUACUGUAACCGCACAUGGGACGGGUGGCUGUGUUGGGGAGACUCCGCCCCCGGCACCGCUGUCCAGCUGUGCCCCUCCUACUUUCUGGACUUUGAUUCAUCCGAGAAAGUGACAAAAGUGUGUGAUGCAGAUGGCCACUGGUUUCGCCAUCCAGAGAGCAACAGACUGUGGUCAAACUAUACUGAGUGUUCAGCGUACACUAAAGAGAAGCUGAAGGUGACGUAUGUGAUGUAUUAUCUGGCGAUGGUGGGACACGUUCUGUCCAUCAUUUCUCUGAUGAUCUCCAUAAGCAUCUUCUCCUACUUCAAGUGUUUGAGCUGCCAGCGCAUCACGCUUCAUAAAAACAUGUUCACCUCCUUCAUCCUCAACUCCUUCGCCACCAUCGGCUGGUUUUACUUCGUCAUCGGUGAGCAGCAGACCAGGACUGACUCCUCUCAGGUGGGCUGUAAGCUGCUGGCCAGCAUCAUGCACUACACCUUCUGCUCCAACUACUUCUGGAUGCUGUGUGAAGGCAUUUACCUGCACACACUCAUCAUCGUGGCCGUGUUCGUCGGAGAGCAGCAGCUCGGCUGGUAUUACAUCCUCGGAUGGGGUUUCCCAGUGAUCCCCGCUGUCAUGCACGCUGUGGCACGUCUGUUUUAUCACAAUGACAGGUGUUGGGCCAGAAACACAGAUCUGCUCUACAUCACACACGGCCCAAUAUACGCCGCCCUGCUGGUGAAUCUGUUCUUCCUGCUGAACAUCGUGCGUGUGUUGAUCACCAAGCUGCGAGUGACGCACCGCACCGAGAGCAACGUGUACAUGAAGGCGGUGCGGGCCACCAUCAUCCUGGUGCCGCUGCUGGGGGCGCAGUUCAUCCUGGUGCCGCUGGAGCCGAACGGACGCAUCUCACGCGCCAUCUACGAGCUCUUCAUGAACAUAUUCGUGCACUUUCAGGGUCUCCUGGUGGCUGUAAUCUUCUGCUUCUGUAAUGGAGAGGUGCAGUCGGCGUUGAGGCGUAAAUUAGCGCAGUAUCGCAGUCAGUGGAAGCGGCGGCGUCUGGUGACCACCGACUCUCACUGUAACUACCACACUAACUCCUCCAUCACCGAGACCAGCCGCGUCACCAUCAACCUCGAACCGUGCAACAGCACAGAGCAGAAAACACACGCUGACACACACACGCUCAACGGACAGAGCAACGGCACACGCUACGACAGACAAGAGUCGGACAACUGCGAAACACUCCAGACGUCUGAGAUAUAAGAAAACAACGCAACACACACCACUCCGUCCCACCACGCACACGUAUUUAUUAGCUUUGUCGAAAAAAUAAUAAAUACUACAGUGUUUUAUACUAUUCUAUAGUAAAACAUUCAGAUAAAUCAGUUGUGGGGAUUCUGUAGUUGCUCUGGUAACACAACUACUAUAGUAAUUAAUCUGUUGGGAUUCUAUAGUUGCUAUGG